AAUACAUUUUCGCCUUCGACUAAAUAUUAUAAUUUAGCUUCUUUUUUUUUCUAAUUCUCGUCUCGGUUUUUCUAGUAAUGGCGACGAUUAAUGUUUACGUUUUUGCAUUUAUCUUUCUUUUGACUAUUAGUGUUGGUUCAAUUGAAGGCCGAAAACUCACCAAAUUCACCGUAACGACGUCUGAGGAAAUCAGAGCUGGUGGCUCUGUAUUGUCGUCGUCACCUCCGACUGAGCCACUUGAGUCGCCGCCGAGCCACGGGGUUGAUACCUUCAGACCUACGGAACCUGGUCAUAGCCCCGGUAUUGGACAUUCCGUACAUAAUUAACGGAGAGGAACAAUAGCAUCGUCUAUGUGAUUACAUGUUGAAAAUAUGAUUGGCCUGGUGACUUUUUUUUUCUGAAUAUGUAUUUACGUACAGUUUCGUCAUAUUCAGUUUCUUGCAAGUGUGAUUGUAAUAAUAUUUAUUUGA